CAGUCAAUUUUAACAAUGGAAAAUAAAAGACGUGAAAUUAGUGUUAGUGAGCGAAAAAUAAUUGUUAAAUUAUGGAAGGAUGGCGUAAGCCAACGAAAAAUUGCUAAAGAUAUUGGUCGUCCACAUUCAUCUGUGCAGACAGUUAUAAGUAACUUCAAGGAAACAGGUACUUACGUUUCUAAACCUCGCAUGGGUCGCCCUUCAAUUCUAUCAAAUAGAGAAAGACGCAGCAUCAUCAGAGAGGUAAAAGUAAAUCCAACAGUAACAGCCUCAAAACUAGCUAAAGGUAUUGCUGAAAAUUUUAAGAAAAAAAUAUGUCCUGAUACUGUGCGAAAAAUUUUGAAGAAAAGCAAGUGUUAUCGCCGGGUUGCAAGAAAGAAGCCAGACAUAUCCAGAAAAAAUAGAAAGAAACGAUUAAGUUUUGCAAAAGAGCAUUUAAAUGACCCUAUAGAGAAACGUGUUAUUUUCUCCAAUGGGAUUAAAUUCGUCAUAGUUGGAAUCAAAGAAAUUAACACACCCGAUAAGUUGGAAUACCAAUACCAUCCCGCCUCUGGCAGUGUUUUCACAUUUAAAGUACGUGCUGGACAUGAUGCUCAUUUGGCUUUGACCUCGUCUCCCGAUCAGAGCGGUCCUACUUAUGAGAUUUUCAUUGGUGGCUGGAAUAAUACUAAGUCUGUUAUCAGAAAGGAUCGUCAAAAGCCCGAUGUUGUUGAAGUACCCACACCCGAUAUUUUGAACGGUGGAGAAUUCCGUGGUUUCUGGAUACGUUGGUAUGAUAAUUUGAUUACUGUUGGACGUGAAAAUGAGGCUGCAGCUUUUAUGUCAUACGAUGCUGGUUAUUUAUUCCCAGUAAACUUUGUUGGUGUGUGCACUGGCUGGGGUGCAAGUGGCACUUGGUUGAUUGAUGACACUCUUAGUGCACAACCAUCAGCACCAGUUUAUGGUUUUGCACCACCAACUGGCAGUGGACCUGGUUGUUGGGUACCUGCAGCUGGUGGCCAAGUACCACCCAGUGCAAUGGAAGGUGGUUUCGAUGGCAGUGAACAAUUGUAUAUUGGACGUGCACGUCAUGAAGGUGAUCUUAUCCCUGGUAAAUUGCAUCCAUCCCAUGGCGUUUGCUAUAUUGCUUAUGGCGGUGGCGAACAUGGUCAUAAUGAAUACGAGGUUUUAUGCUCAGGUGGCGGUCACUGGGUACCAGUUUACGAUGGCAGCAUUCCACCAAACGCUAUUCCCGGUGGCGAAACCGCUGAAGGUGAACCUCUAUUCAUUGGUCGCGCUACCCACGAUGGCACAAUUACCGUAGGCAAAGUACAGCCAUCGCACGGCUGUUGCUACAUUCCAUACGGUGGUGAAGAAUUGGCAUAUAAGGAAUAUGAAAUCUAUGUUGCAAACUAAUUAUUACCUAUAUAUGUAUAAUACAUAGAGUCGCAACUUCGUGUUGCACUCACUUAGCUUUGUAGGAUUUGUAUUGUGUUUAAAAUACUUGAGCAAAUUAAAAAAAAAGUAGUUAUGCAAAACAAAAUGCAUUUCUAAUUGCACGCGAAUAAUUAAAAUUGUGCCUAACUUUUAAAUGUUGUCAUUUGUUAAGAUGAGAAUUUCGAAUCUGUUAAAAACAAUAUAUCGAAUUAUUUAUUUUGUCUAAAAACAAAGAAUCUCUUUCAUUUUUAUGGAUUUUUUUUAAAUUUAUAAAAUAAAUGUUAUAAACU